AUGGUGCGCAAAAGGGCAAUUCUUGCUGUUGCAAAUAAAAUCAGCCCUUCAUUAAUUAUUUCCUUAAAGAAAAGUUUUUCCUUUCCUCAAGGCAAGCAAAACCACGAUAACCAACAAUACAAUGGGGAUCUAAUUAAAAUAAUUUCCCGUUUCAUAUGCAAAUUAGAGAUAAACAAUGUCGGUGUCGCUUUAGAAAGUGACGUGUUAAAGUUACAAAAGCUCAUAAGAAGCUUUCAAGAUCCAAUACAACAAAGGGAGACAAAAAGAGAGCGACAGAUCAUGAAUGAGAGAAAGUCGGUGAAGAUUAAAAAAGAUUUCAAAGCAAAAGAUAAUUUAUGA